AUGGAGUCAACCACGCUAACCAUUCUCGAACGAGAUCAAAAAAUGCCAUACAUAAUCGUUCCCAUAAAUGGCACCGAUCAAGCCGUUAUUUCCCAUCUUGAAGAGUUGAUCAAAUCUGUCACUGGUCUAUCAGAUAUUUACUCGUGGACUACUGAUGGAGAGUUAAUGUGGUAUCAAGUGGAUUUAACAGAGGCGGAGGCUACAUUAUUGAAGGGAAGUGCGGAUGUGGAUCACCUUGCAGUGGACGAGCCGUUUGAGUGCCACGACGCCCCAUAUGAAGAUUGGCCAUUUCAAAGCUCUGCUUCGCAUAAUUCUUCCCGACUUCUGUCUGAAAGGGAUCAAAUAUGGCUCGAGCAGGAAGAAGCCGCUAGAGAAUUGCGUGUCAUCAGCACUCCCCUAGGCAAGCAAUGGACAUACAGAAACUACUUCAAAUAUCCGCAAGAAGCCGGCGAAGAUAUAUAUUUUUAUCAUAUCGAAGAUGUAAGAGCUUUCCAACAACGAAUGUUUUUUGGUACAACUAUCGCCCAAGGACUCAAGGCAGUUAUCGACAACCUUAAGGCAGACAAAAAGAAUGCAGAAGAUAAGAAGGUUGAGCCUACGCGAUAUUGUAAAAGUAUUAUCAUCAUGUCGAGCUCGACCAAAAAGACUUAUAAGGAAGUGGCUCUUGACAAGCCGCCAUUCACAAACAUGAGAUCGUGGUUGAGUCAGUUGACUAAUAUGGGGGUGCCCAUCGUACUUGCGGCUGGUAAUGGAGCCGAUGAGGCAACUGGGGAUGUAGGAGUGAUACAACUUCCUAUGUGGUAUUCCUACGACGGCGUAUUGCCUCUUAUCAAUGUCGGCAAUGCUGACGCGGACGGAGUUAUCGCACCAAAGUCUCGGAGAGGAGACAAGGUUGCUAUCUUUGCCAAUGGGAAAGAUGUCACCUGCUCUGAAUACACAGGCAGCGGAACUUCCUUUUCUGCACCACAAGUCGGCAGAGCAAUCGCUGUGGGGAUGUCUCAGAAAGCAGGUCCUUUCUAUGAAGCAACAAAAGCAAAAGAAGCAAAGCCUUUGUGA